AUGGAUGCAGUAACCCAUCGAAAUUUGCAGGAGCUAUGUCGAGCCUGCCUCAAGACCCUGAAUAAUUCCUCGGAUGAAGAUAACAACAAUUUGCUGAUACCAAAUCUAUGUCAGCUAUUCCUAUGCAUUACCACCAUGGAUGUGACCAAGGAGCUGUCGAAAUUUCCCAAGCUAUUGUGUCAAUUAUGCCUGAAUCGUCUCUUGGACUAUGAUGCCUUUCGCAAAUUGACCCUCAAGAGUACGGAAACCCUCUAUGAAAUGUUAAGGCGAAAAAGUGGCAUGGAAGAAGAAAUAAUAUGUCCAGAUGAUAAUGAUGGUGGUAACGAGGAGCAGGAGGAGAAGAACAUUUGUGUUAAGGCGGAAGUUUUGUCGGAAGCAGAAGAACCUGAGGUGGUUCCAGUCCAAAUAAUUGCCAAAACUGAAAGGGGUGACGAGCAUGUCAACCAAAUUAGUUGGAUAAAAAGUGAGAAGUACCCUGAUAACGAUGAGAAGAGUGACUCGGGCUCACAAAAGCGCCAAAUGGAUUGUAAGAAGGAGGAGGGGGAGAAGAACUAUCAAGGAGGUGACGAUGAUGAUAAAUUGCUGCUACCCGAAUUAGCAAAUAUGGACAUGAUGAACAUCAAAUCGGAACCAUUUUUUGAAGCUAGCGAAACACAAUUUAAUGAGCAUACGGUUAAUCCCGAACAGGAUAGUACACAAGAACAGCCGUCAUUUGAAAUGAAUAGCAGCGAUGACGACGGCGAUGAGGAGGAGAUUGGUGAAUAUACCAACGGAGAUUAUGAACAUGAUGAUGAUGCCAAUAAUGAUGCCUCACUUCUAAUUAAUGGUGCCGAUGAUAAUCUAUCAAACGAUGCCGGUCAUCGUCAAUUUGUCAUUGGCAAUUUGAGUGCUAAAUUUAGGCGCAGCUUUUUCUGCAACAUUUGCAAUAAGAAAUUCUACAAACAAUUCUAUUUGGAUGCCCAUGUCAAGGGUAUACAUAUGGGUGAAAAGGAACCGUUCCAAUGUAUAUUGUGUCCAUUGGCAUUCGUAUCCUACAAUCAAUUGUAUUUGCAUAAGAAAUCAAAACAUAAGAAAAAUGGAAAAAAUCAAGAAAAUCAACAUCAGGCGGAUGGUGUUAAAGUUACGGCGAACGAUAAAUACACGUGUGAACUGUGUCAAAGGACAUAUAGUUCCCGCAAAGCCAUCAUCGAACACAUUAAGCGUCACAAACAAAUCAAGGAACAUGUCUGUCAAAUGUGUGGCGUGGCCAAAGUCACACGCACCGAACUUAAUACACACAUGCGUGUUCAUUUUCCCGAUAUGGAAAAAUUUCCCUGUCCCCGAUGUCCACAGGUUUUCAAUCAUCGCAAUGCCAUAUCGCGGCAUGUAAAAGUUGUACACGAAGGUGAACGACGCUACUCCUGUGACUAUUGCAGUAAGAAGUUUAGUACUCGCAAUGGUAAGGUGUGUCACGAACGUCUACACACCGGUGAGAAGCCGUUUUCAUGUGAGGUGUGUGAGAAGAGUUUUGCCCACCAGGAAAGUCUUAAGUCGCACAUGAAAAGUCAUGACAAAUCUUUGCGUAAACAUAUUUGUUCGUUUUGUUCACGACGCUUCAUCACGCUGAAAAAUCUUGUCGAUCACGAGAAACGUCAUACAAGUGAUAAACCUCACAUAUGUGUGAUAUGCAGUAAAGGAUUCCACAUCAACGAGGAUCUACAAACACAUUAUGCAGCAUGUCAUAGUGAUGAGGUGGAUAGAGGGGAAAUUGGUAAUGCGAUGGCUGAACCAUCAUCAUCAUCGGGUAGUCAUUCCACAUAG